CUGGAAUCCUUUUUGGAUCAGGAUGCGAUCAAACUGGACGACAAGGAACGGAGUAUAUUUGAUCAAAGCAAAAAGGCAGUAUUGGAUCCUAAAGUUACACUAGACAUGGCUGGAUGGAGCUCCUUGAUAGAUUAAAAUGGAACUGGCAUAUGCUAUUAGAUAAGCUGCUCGAAAACCUGCCUCUCGAUCACCAAUUCCCGCUUCUUGAUGUCUUCAGAACGUUGCUCGUUAUCAAAACUGCAGCCGAGUAUUACAUGAAUGAUUGUACGCAGCUUAUUCGCAUAAUCGAAAACGGAUACAAGCAAGAGAAUGUCCCAAAGGCAACACUACUAAUGACUUUGCGAGUGGCGUGCAACUUGUUUGCUCACAGCAUUCUCGUUACAACCUACUUCACAUCAACACUGCCUGCAGCAACAGAAUCGAGGGCGUCUCUCACGCAACUGUUAGUGAGCAGUUUGUUAUCAGCCGAUAGUCAAGUACGACAAACGGCGGCAUCCUUGGCGUUCAACUGCUCAACGUCUGUGGCCGAUGAACGAUUGAAAAAGGAAAAGGAGGACGGGUAUUUGGAAGGCAUGGCUGAACAAGAAGACGAUGAUUGGCAAAUCGAAAUCGUGAGUGCCAUCAUGGAUGAUUUAUCCAAAGAAACCGAUGAAGAGGUGAUCCAUCGAUUGCUAGCCGCUAUUGCCAAAUUUUUGUUUUUGGCACCUACACAGUCAUCAUCCGUGGCGGAUCUGCUAUCUGCUUUGGAGAUCAAAACCACCCUGGAUAACAUGAAGACUGACAACGUCAUUAAAUCUUCGAAGGUCUCUACUUUGGCUCGGGAAGUGUUGUUGCUUGUUGAUAGUAGCACUUGUUCGGCGUGAGCAUGUUCCCUUUGAUAGAAUUUUUUCCUCCUCCCUUUAACAUACCUUUUCCCUUCCUCUCUAUACAUACAGUCAUAAUUGACUUUCUGGAAAUCUUCCAUUUUUUUUUUUAAUUAAAGCG